AUGUCUGACGCUGAAAAACUAGUCGAAGCUGGGUGCAAAUAUCCUGACGAUCCUCUUGUUCUUCGACCUCAAGUUGGUGGAGAUCUACUCCAAGGUCGCUCUCCCCGUGGCUUCUGCCGGCCGCGCAGCUUCAUUCUCCGUCUGAUGCUCAUUUGCGUCAUCCUGGCCACAAUCGCCGGAUGCAUUCUUAUCAUCUUUGCUAUGCGUCAUUCGAGCGCCUGGCCGUGGCACCGUCAUGCCUACCAUGCUGUGCCCACUGCCGGUUUUUGCCGCGCCCUUACGCCCUUCCCUGGGCUGGACGUUGAGGAGCGCUUCCUCUAUGAGCCCAGCGCCAUCACCAUCACCCACGGGCCUGUCGCUGGCUUCCCUGCCGUCUCUAUAUUUCAUCUGUUGAACGAUGCUAUGACAGUUAUGCGAACUCACGGAACCUGCUAUGUCUAUCCUUUCACGCGCGAGGUCUCUGAGGCCGUGCCUGUCGAUGAAACUGUCAUCGAGCGUAUCAAGGGAACUCACGACUCCAACAUGGUUCAGUUUAAGUCACCAUUUGGUAUGCGUCUGUUUAUGGUGUCGCCCAACCGUGGAAAGCGCAUCCAGAUAAAUCAUCCCGCCGCUUCCACCAACUGCUCGGACGUGCCCAUCUUUCGUCUCGUUGAGAUGGUCCUUUCUCAGACCUCUAUGCAUCUGGAUCCGACAUCGGAGGCUGCGAUGUCGCCUGUGAUUUGCUCGAAGGAGUGUCCUCCAGGCGAGAGCCGGGACAGCUCUGGCGCUCCACGACAGGUGUGCCGCUGUCCCCCGAAGGAAACCCCGUUGACCGAUCUCUCGGAGCAGCCUGCCGCGCAGUUGUCGCUUCCGUUGGCAGACGAUGAGGGGGAGGCCGAGGAUGGAGACGCCUUGGGAGAUUCCGGCAUCCUCUCAGUGGCCGAGGCCUGGCCUCUAAAGGACGAAGACAAACUUGUUCGCCAACAGCGCGCAGCCAAAGCACUUCACAGUCUGGAGCCGUCUAUUAAAAUACCACAGGAUUGCCGAGUGGUUGAGAAGGUCUUGGAGGGUGCGUUCCCGACCGGAAUGCGUCAUACUCUUCCGCUGAUGAUUAUCGUUCAGUGUUAG